GCAUUCAAUGACGCUCCUCUCUGUCGACCUAAGUUGCAUAGAAACUAGGUAGAACUCUUUUGAGACGCUUUCUUCCCCCUUUCGUCUUUUAACAUCUGUAGCUCAAAUAAUCUGAUCACUGGCCCCACUUUUCAGAGAAAAAAAAACAGCGUUGAUCUUACAGUUACCAGUUUCCAUUUGUAGUUAACGUUUACAUCCGGGCUGGGUUGGUUGGUUGGUUAGUUUUGGUGACUGUUGUCUUCAUGUAAGUUUCACCCGGAAAAAGCGAGAGAGAGAGAGAGAAAUAUAUAUUUUAAUCUCCAAUUUAAUCCCCCCACCUUGCAAAAAGGGUAGAAUUUUUUUUCUGCAAAAAAAGAGUUUCAGCUCCACAUUCUGAUCAGACACGCUCAGUGUUGCCGAGCUGCUGAGAGGCUGCAAGCAACAGAUUCCCGUUUCUCAUCUGGUGUGAUGAUCAAUGAGAAUAGAAAUGCCAUAUGUGGAUCGAUACAGCCGUGUUUGUGGGUUUCUGGACAUUGAGGAGAUUGAAGGCAGCGGGAAAUUCCUGAGACGAUACUUUAUUUUGGACACGUCAGACAAUGCGCUCUUGUGGUACAUGGACAACCCACAGAAUCUACCACCUGGAACCCAAUAUGUCGGCAGUCUGCAGUUACCCUACAUUUCUAAGGUCAGUGAAGCUACUGCAAAGCAGAAACCAAAAGUUGAAUUUUGCUUUGUUAUAAAUGCAGGUCUACGCCGCUACUUUCUACAAGCUAACGAUAAGAAUGAUUUACUUGACUGGGUUGAUGCCUUAAACAAGUCGUGCAAAAUUACAGUGCCAAAGGGCAAUGUGAAUGACCCACAGCCCAGUGCUGAACUAAAAAGGCCUACAACAGAAGCCCAGAAGCAGCAGAUUCCAUACAAGACUGAAAUCAUUGGCGGAGUUGUAGUGCAAACACCCAUCACUCAGGUGAAUGGGGGCGAAAGUCAAGAAGCUACUGAAUCUGCUACACACAGCGUUUUGAAACGUUCCUUAAGUCACAUUCCGGUGUCUGGAAGCAAGCAAACAUUAGGACCUCAGGUUUUGAAGAGUGGGUUCUGUGUGAAACAGGGCAUUGUGAGAAAAAGCUGGAAGAGGAGAUACUUCACACUGGAUGAAAGUUUUUUCAGUUACUUCAAGUGUGAAUUGGAAAAAGAACCACUUCGAGCAAUACCGCUUAAGGAUAUACAAAAAGCCCAAAACUGUAGCUGCAGUCAAGCACUGAUGAGGGAUAAUUUGUUUGAAAUAGUCACAACGUCUCGAACUUUCUACAUUCAGGCAGAUAGUCCUGCGGAGAUGGAAAGCUGGAUGAAAGCCAUCAAUCAAGCCAUCAAGGCACUGAAGUGUUCGAGCAAUAAUGCAGCAGUUCCAGUUCAAUCCGCCUUCGUCAGCAGAACUUCUUCUUCACAGCUGCAAGAUUCCCUGACCGCGUCCAACCCUUCCUCCUCGGCGUUGGUGUGGCCUCAAUCUAGCUCCAAGCCACAAGGAGAAGAGAAACGACCUCUCUCCAAGUCUACCUCCGUGGUGUCAUCGUGGCAGCCAUGGACUCCUGUGCCAGCUGCUGACGAGCCACCUUUAUCCCCGGUAGAGGAGGUGGGCAGGCACGAGAGUGUCCUGAAAGCACCAUCUGAAGUACCGAACACGCAGCUGCCAAUGAAGGAAGAUGUGACUGGUCAAGGGAAGCGCCGCAGACACAGGUCACAGCCAGCACCCAGAAAUGAGCAAAAAUUCCAAUACAACAUAGAUGAUGAUGGCAUCCGAACAACGGAUGUUUAAUGACAGUAAACUUGCCUUUUCUAUUGUUUGUUCUGUCUGGGAUUAGUGACUCGAUUAAUUUUUGUUUUGGGUGAAAGUGCCUGCUUGUAAACAGCUUAGCUUGCCAUCGUCCUCGCUGUACCUUCAUUACUUCAUAAAGUCAGGAAGCUAUGUUGGAGAUUGAACGCUCAAGAAGAGCAGCAAGGUUGUGUUUUUGGCUGCUCAUUACAUUUCCAUCAGUACUUUUCAUUCCUACUGGAUCUGAUAGGUUAACUGCACAGCCGGGCUCUGUUUGUCUGGCAACUGAAACUCGAAACAACAGAAGGCCCAGCACAACCUACCACAGCCAAUGGGUCUCCGUGAUACACUGGUGAUAAGGAAUGUAUUAAAAUUUGAACCGUUUUUACAUUCCUGAGGUGUAGUGAAGUCCCCUGUAUACGUUUGUCACUAAAACGCUGUUGAACAAUCUGAAACACAGAUGUGUGCUGUGACCAUCCAGCUGUUGCGGAAAAUGGAAUUCAGACUCUGCAUUCCUUAAUUAUGUCAUUGCAGUUCCUAAAUCUUUACUGCUGCCUUUCUGGAAAUGGACAUUGAUCAAUUUCUUGAAGAAGGAGUGAAUCUAGAAAAGAGCUUUUGCAGUCCCUAAAUUGGGUUUUCAUCAUGAUUCGUGCCUGCUGUUUCAGUGCUUGCGCAAUGGAUUGGACAAACAUUUACUUCAUCUAAGCAUUCCUUGGAUUGUUUCGUUUGUUUCUCCAGAGUCAUUUUUAAUUUACUGAUUGGAGGGCCUUGUCUUCAUACUGUUCUGUAUCUCUUUUUAAGGCUCAGGCAUAGUCUGUAACUGAAAAUAGCUCCAAAAUGUCUCAGCACAUUGUGUAACUCAGUUAAAUAAACUCAGGAGGGUAGUCAGCCCAGUUGGUGAAAAGUUACAGUGACACACUAUCAACUGGGAGAUCCAAACUUGAUUCUAUUUUAACUAACGUGUGCUCUUGUGGCAAGUUUGUUUGCACUGGAAAGAUAAAGUAAAGAAAGGAAGAGAGAGUCAGAGAGAGUAAUUUCUCCUCGUUUUCCCUUAACGUCUUGUAUUUCUCUGUGAAUUUACUCUUCACAACUUCCCAUGGGGAGCUGGUAGUUUCUGCCCCUCUUCUACACUGAACCUAUGAACUACAUUUUGCUGGAUGUUUACGGAGGCUUUCUGUUGCUGUGGGCAGAGUUGGUGAUAAACCGUACACUUUAUAUCAAACGUGAGCAUCUGCAUUUUGAAUCUGUAACAUCUGGGACCUGCUGCUCAUGAGCUUUCCGGCUGCAAACAGAUUGUCUGAAUAAACUUUCCUUAGGAAGGAGGAGUCGGGGGUUUGGGGGUUUGCGUACAACCAAGUAAUCACAAACUACCAUUUAGCAACUCCUUGCAGAUUUCAGCCAAAAUCAAACGCCUGAACAGAUGAAAAUAUCGGCUUAAAAAUUUGGCUUAGACACAUAUAAGACCGGGGUAUGGUUCGGGUUAUGUCCAUGGAUUUUCCCAAUGAUUGGCAAGCUGGAGUAUUUAUAGCCUGGUUCAUUUGUGAUACUUGCAGUUUAAGUCUGCUAAUAAAGUAUUUUAAUUCCGCAGUAAGGGUUUAAUACUGUUGUGAAAUGCAUUACUGAAUGCAGAGACUGUAUCAGUGAGCUCCAUUUGUAUUGAAAUUGCCCAGUAUUUGGCAUCUUUAUAUUACGUUCUGGGUAUGGCCACAGUACUAACCCAUGUAGUCUCUGCACUUGUACCAAUUAAAUGGUUAUUUAUAGAGCAAUGCAAUCCCAUUUUCCUCUUUAAACUUGAGAAAUGAGGGGUCAUUUUAACUGGGCAAUAGUGUAAACCAGUGAUGGCGAAUUGGCAGCCUAGAUUGCAUCUCUUUCCCCAUUGAAGCCCAUGAAAUGAAAAUCAGGGGAAUGGAAAAAGGAGCAAUCGACUCGCUAAUACCCAUUUAACAUGAUAAAGUAAAAUUCACCCGUCCUCCUAUAGAAAGGACAAGGCAAACAGGAUCCAUCAUCACUGAUUUAGCCAAGGUUAGUCAUUUGAAUGCAGGAUAAAAUUUAUUUUUCUGUAUUUUAACACCCACACAGUCAAACAGAGAUGCACUUACAUGCCCAGCUAAGAUCUGAACAUGCUUUGCAUGUGCAGAGCUGAUAGAUUUGAAUGUCAGGACUCGAAAUGGCAACCUCAGGAAUGUGAAGCAGGUUGUAAUGGGCAGUGGCCCUACCAUUCUAUCAUUACCAAAAUCUCAAAUAUAGAAGAAGCAAUAAAAUCUGAACAUGCAAAUAUUGGAA